GUGCAGAAAAACCAAGAUGCCAAUUGACACUCCUAUCCUCAUUAUUUUUCAUUAACCCAAAAUUGCCCUCUCUAACACUCACAUAUCUGUCGUUUCCACUCUCCCUCUGCCCAUUGAACGCCAAACAGAGAAGUUGCUGCGAAGAGGAGUUCUCCACGGGGAUUUCUGGAACAGCGGAAGAGGAGUAGCGCGCACGAUCAGGCUACGUUCAGGCCGGCGAUCAGGCUACGUUCUUCGGCCGGCGAUCAGGGUUGCGUUCAGGCGGCAUCUCCGGCAGCGAACCUGAAACCCAGGUGAGCACUCCCUUCCUUGCAAUUCCCCUCUUGUUCGAUGAACCAUUACCCUUUCUGCUAUUCCCAACCAUUACCCUUUCUGCUCCCAACCAUUACCCUUUCUGCUAUGCUCCCGUGUUCCAACCUUCAAAAUAAAAAGAGAAGACUACCACCAGCCCUGCUUCCGCAUCGUCAGGCAGCAUCAUAUGUUGUGUUUGUUUGCUUAAAAUGUUGUGGUGUUCAGUAAUGGAGAAAGUUUACUGCUUUGUUUGACUCACCAAUCGACCUGGAUUCCCAAAGGGCCACAGAGAUCAUGGAUGACUUAAUUACCGAAGGUAUUGAGCUGCAACAUCCUGCCUUUUCACCUCCAUUUGAACCAGUAGGAGCUCCAGCCACCAAGAUUCAGCCUUGUAGACCAAAGAAAGCAGCUGGCAGCAACAUCUCUGUUAAGAAGAAGGCAAAAAAAAUUGAAAUUAACACUGAUGAAGCUAUAGUUAAUGUGUCAUCCCAACUUGGUGAGCUGAAACCAUUAAUCUUCAAGGCUGUAGAAGCUCUUGGCUCGAUCACAGGUGAACGUGAUCGUGAUGGUGACCACAGCAAGCAAGCUGCUUUGAUGAAGGAGAUAGGAAAAAUUGAAGGACUCACUCGUGACCAAGUCAUUGAUGCUGCUAUGGCUUUAGUGGACAACGAGGCAAAGACUGGACUUUUCUAUGCCCUGGAGAACGAGGAAGACCGGUGCUAUUUCAUCAAGAACUUGCUACGUUGAUAAUGGUGGCGUAGGUGGUAGUCUAUUUUGCAGAACACCGUUGGGAUGAAUGUCAAACUUCCUUUUUUGUGCAAGGUUAGAGAAGGAACUGUAGUUAGCCAUUGCAAGUGCUUGGUGGUGGAAAUAUCACCAUUUUGCAGAAGUUUCCUUUCAUCCCAAAAUGUUAGAGUUGUGUUAAACUUAUGGUUGCUGGUUUUAAACAGUUGUGAUGGCUACCUUGUUCAUUUCAUAACUGAUGUAAAACUUUCUGCAGAUAUGUUCAUGUCAUUAUCAGUGUGUUUUAAUGGGAUCUGGUCCUGCCAUGAUCCAAGAAAAAGUGAAUCUGAAA